AUGCCCCGUUGGGAUACUCGCUUAUUAGGAGAUAAUGAAAGUGCCCCGUUAACUGAUUUAGAAAAAAGAAAACCCCAAGAAGCAGCACCCAAUAAGCAGUCCCAGUCCGAAAAUGCCGAGCAGUCAGCCGAACAACAAAAAAAUCUCCAAGAAAUAAUUGAGGAAACAAAAAGCCAAUUAAUCGAGCAACUGAAAGAUGUUCAAGAACAAAUUAACGAGA